AUGAGCUCCUACUUUGUCAACCCGCUCUACUCCAAGUACAAGGUGGCGGCGGCCGCGGCGGCGGCGGCGGCGGGGGAAGCCAUCAAUUCCCCGUACUACGACUGUCACUUCGCACCCGAGGUGAGCGGCCGGCACGCCGCCGCCGCCGCCGCCGCCGCUCUGCUCUACGGGAACGGCGCGGCCGCCGCGGGCUUCCCGCACCCCGCGCCCGGCGGGACGGGGGGCGGCGGCGGCGCGGCCCCGGACUUUUACCAGCCGGCCGGGGGGAGCCCCACGGCCGCCUACCAGCCGCCUCCUCCUCCCCCCGCCGCGCCUCCGCCUCCUGCCCCCUGCAGCGGGGUUACCUGUCACGGGGAGCCCGCUAAAUUUUACGGAUACGAUAACUUACAGAGACAGCAGAUUUUUACGACACAGCAAGAGGCCGAGCUGGUACAAUAUCCUGACUGUAAAUCGUCCAGUGCUAAUAUUGGCGAGGAACCAGACCACUUAAAUCAGAGCUCGUCUCCUGCUCAAAUGUUUCCCUGGAUGAGACCACAAGCAGCGCCGGGUAGGAGGAGAGGAAGACAAACAUACAGCCGAUUCCAGACUCUAGAGCUGGAAAAGGAGUUCCUAUUUAACCCCUAUCUGACCAGGAAGAGAAGGAUCGAGGUGUCCCACGCAUUAGGACUCACCGAGAGGCAGGUAAAGAUCUGGUUUCAGAACAGGAGGAUGAAAUGGAAAAAAGAGAACAACAAGGACAAAUUCCCCGCUUCCAGACAGGAGGGAAAGGAAGGGGAGGCCAAAAAGGAAGCACAUGAUCUGGAAGAAGACAGAGCUGAAGGCCAGACGAAUUAAUUUUUGCCCCAAAUGUCUUUGUGAAAGUCAAUCAAAAAUAAGCAGGGCUAAAGCCCGACAUCUCGGCUCAUCCACACCUCUACGUGAUCUUGUCGUGGGACGAGUGACCCCAUGUCCCUUCGUUUGACAUCUCCCUGCUUCGGGUGCUUCACUUGUUUGUGCUUUU